GCAUGCAUGCAUAUGCUCCCAUUCAUUCAUCAGCUCACCUACCCACCACAACCACACCAGGAAACAAAUACGAGCGAGCGAGCGAGCUUGAUCACACUUCAGUCUUCACGAGCGUUAGCGUCAGGCCAACAACCACCACCAGUAAACCAUGACGACCCGGACCUCAUUCCUCCUCGUCCUUGCGCUAGCGCUGGCCGUCCAAGCCGCUCCCUCCGCCGGCGCGCCGGUCGCCGACACGGUGGCGGACUCGUGCAACGCGAUCCGCGACUUCGUGGACUACGCCUUCUGCGCCGCGGCGCUGCGGUCCAGCGGGCCGGGCGCCUCCACGGCGGACCGCCACGCGCACCUCCUCGUCGCGGCGGACCUCGCAGCGGCGCGCGGCACGUCGGCGCGGGACGCCGCCACCGCCAUGGCGCGCGACGAGCGGGACCCGGGCGCGCGCGACGGGUUGGAGGCGUGCGGGAUCCUCUACGGGGCCACCUCCGUCCCGGCGCUGCAGUUCAUGCGCGGCUACGCGGCGGCGCGGGCGUGGGACCGGGCGCGCUCGCUGCUGUCGCUCACGGGGCAGGCCGGGAUCGGCUGCGAGGCGGCGCUCGCCGGCGCGCCGGCGGCCAAGGGGAGGAUGGCCGCGGCCAACCGCGAGUUCGACCAGCUCACCACCAUGGCCACCGCGCUGCUCAACAGGGUCGAUCAUGUGGGAUGACGACCGGCGCACCGCAGUUCUUUGUUAAUAACCAGAGUCCUUGUGUUGAUUAUUACGUACUCCUAGUUAGCCUUGAUCAAACUAGUAAGCGCGCAUGUAAAGUUUAGAUUAUGAAUGAACACUCAAGGCUCACAGUUUGAAUUCACAUGAAACUACCUUUUCUAAUCGC